AUUAGGUUUACAGACAGUCAAGUAAUGUGAGAGAGAGAGAUAGAGAGAGAGAGAGAGAGAGAGAGAGAAUUCACCAUUAGUAGAGUUGAUGUUUAAUAGUGAUUGACCUUUGGGAUUUGGUCGAAUUGAGGCUAUUCAUCGCAGGGACGGAACACAUUUACGGAGCUUCGAACGGUUACGUUGGUGGAUGAUGAGACCGAGUUAAUGCGAAAGAGUGGGAGGAGUGGUAUGAUCGACGGUAAUGCUUGAGUAAAUGGUAUAUGUUUGCCGAAAGCUGAAUACGUUACAGAGCCAUUGUUUGGUGUUUCGAGCUUCAGAGACUCAAGGUGCUGGUGAUGAAGAUUAACCAAACCUAAUAACAACUGGGCCUAAGAAAGUGAUAGCCCAUCAAAAGUAUUAAUCGUUUCAACAUCGAAAUCGAAACAAAAUGAAAAUAAAUGAGGACAUGUGUCACAAAAUGCCCCAAGAACAUUGGUGAGGUGGCUCAAGGAGGAGAGAGACAAGCCGACUUUAUUGUAUAAGAUAAUUCUUAAAUAUUUGUUUGGACUCAUGGUUCUGAAUUGUUUUUCUUGAUGUUUUUAGGCCAAAAUUUUAAUUUAAAACUUGUUAAUCUUUACAAGAGUCUGCAGGAAAAUAAGAUAUAUAUCAUACAAAUACCAUACAAGAUUUUAAACUAUUAAGUUUCUAGCUAAAUUAUCUCUCUUACUAAAAGUGAACCUAAUUAAAGUAAACAUGUCUCUUAGACAGUCUUACCAUUUCCUAAUAAUGGUGUUAUUUUAUGUAACUUUGUAACUUUGUAACCGUGGAUUCGUUGUUCCUUGGUUCAGAACGGUAAUGACUGUCAUAACUUAAACAUCAUCUUAACAUUUACACACAAAAAAAAAAACUUAAACAUCAUUUGUCUUCAUUGAUGUAUUUAAUCAUAACGUAUACACUCGUGGUUUUGAGUUGUUUUGUCUUGAUGUCUUUCAUUUGAGUUAUGUCAGUGUCCGAGAAAUGUAUUUUUAAGAACCAAGAGAGAGAGAGAAUUCUUUCUAGAGUCUCUCUCCAACCUUCAGAAAAUCCUAGCGUCGCCGUCAAAUUGUUGCAGAUCUUGUGGAGGAGCUCGAUGGUAAGCUUGUAGUGCGGUACUCUUCGCAUCCAUCCUUUCUUUAUUCGUCGCCUCAACCCCAAGUUGUUGUCUUCUUGUCUCUCUUCUUUGCGUGAUAUUUUUGGAUUCUCUAGCUCUCCAAAACUUUCAAAAAUCAGAGGUGUCUUUGGUUUCUAUAGAACUCUGUCAAAAAGAAAUGAGAAUGACGAUUCUUGAGAGUCCUUGGAACUCACCUAAACCUCUGACUGCGCUCGUUCUGGUCAGAUUUGAGAUUCGAGACCUGCUGGAAACUCUGACGUGUCACUACAGUCUCCACUCUCCAGUCUUGCUGCUCUUCCCAGUUGGUCUCCACUAUCAGUUUGUUUCAGAGUUUGUUUGUAGAGCUUCUCCUCUCAGUCUCUGAGUCAAAGGUGGUUAUUAGGCAAAUCACCGAGGACCUCUAUUUCCUUAGUUCGAAAGAGAAAAACCAUGAUGGUCUCUGGUUUUAGCUUGGUAACUCCUUCUUGAUGCCGAUGUUGUUCACUUGGGUUUUGAGGACAACCCUUAAUUACAAUGUCACCUGCUUCAAGGCUGAGGCUUCUUCUAUCUACUUUGAAGGAGUAUAUACACUUUUUCUUUCGUCUAUUUCAUCCUUCUAUGCUCUGGUUCUAGCUUGUGUGUGUCUUGAAGUCGUUGUUGUACCCAUUGUGUCGUGUAGCGGGAUAGGGAUCAGAUCAACCGUCUGCGCUUGACUGUAGCCAGUAUUUCAUUUUUAAACGGCGUCGAGGCCGGAUAUUUAUGUUUGCAAACAUCGAGCAAGCUAACUUUGUUGGCCAGCGCCCUCUUUCAGCAGAGCUCCGGAAUGGAAGCCAGCCGUCAUCGUCUAUGCCUGCUUGGAGCAACCUUCGUGAGAUGUGACUAAACAUCGAUCUCUUAUGGCUUUACUCUUAUUGUUUCUGGUUGCUCCAUUAAUAUGAAAAGUGCUUGGGAGGAGGAUAUUAAAUUGUUAGUCUUGGUCCUAGUUUGCUAUUAUGUUCAAGCUUCCAUUGUUUGGUUAGGAUUGAACAUAUCUCUUUGUAAUUUAGGGGUUUUUUAAAAACUUUUGUGCAGCUAUACAAUUUCAAAAUGACUGAAAAGUAGACUGGAUUGCUUUAACAUGUAACCAAACCAUCAUUCUUUGCAAAGACAUUUACAGUUUAGUAAAAAAAAAAAAUUAAGAACCUACAAAACGAACAUCAUCACGGAUCUCAUAACAGUGAAACGAACUGAUCAUUUUAUUUCAUUUUUCUUUAUAUUGAUCUUUUAAAUCUGGGACCAUGCAGAAAUGAUUUUUUGACAAAAGACAAAUCCUUAUUUGUCAAGAAGGCGUAAGUACUCGAGGAUGAUAUAACAAUAGUAUAAGUUUUAGUCUUCUAGAAUGUAGUAUAUCAUUUCAAAAUGUCCAUCUAAAAUAAAUAUUUAAAAGUCUAAAAAUAGAAUUAAAAACGAGUACUUGAUUUUGGACUUUCGAAACCGUAGUUAUUUUUCGUUAACUUCGUUUUUGUAAUGAGUAUAAUCUAACUAUCCGAUAUUUAAUAUUUUGUCACAUUCCAUGUUGGUGUAUGUGUUAAGAUCCACAUUAACACUUUCAAAAUAAUAUAACCCAUUUCUAGCAAAAAGAAAAAAAACAGCUUAAAAUAUUAUCUGUUUGAUAAAAAUAUAUUACUUUAUGCGUUUGCAAAAAAAUAAUAUAUAUAUUACUUUAUGGUUUAUAUAUUUAAACCGUUCCCAUGUGGAUGACUGAUUUGAAAUAUUUAGAUUCAGCGCAGAUAAUAGGGAAGAACCCAAACUACUUCACAAGUGUAGCUUUCUUCAAACGUGACACAAUACGAUGAUAUGAUGUUGACCAAACAUAUCUAUCAAUAUAAAUAUAGAGAAGUGAAUAUAAGUACUUUAUAAAUGGCAAAAAGGACUUGAAAUGUACCGACCCAUCCACUUAAAAUCUGUAUGCCUUGCACUUUCUUCUGGUCUAGCGUAUGUAGAAGAGGGUUGGGAAAUAAAGUAUAUACUAACAAAGUAACACGGGAAUAAAGUAUAUAUACUAACAAAAUAGCACCAUUUCGAAUCCAAUUAAAUUACAAUUUCUGUGGUUUGGAAUUGAAGGUCUCUCUUUGAGGCUCUUCUGAAUUAUUCAUCUUAGCCAAAUCCCACUAACACAUCAGCUUUGUCAAUUUUAAGUACUGCCAAUGCUCGUGAAUUUUCAUGUAAAAAUAGUUACAUGUCUAUUAUACCAUUAUAUAUGGCUGUCUUAAUCACAUUUUUCGAUGCAAAGUUUCAACCAACUAAAAGGAAAAAAUCAUACGGUGGCUGCCUCCCUCGAGAUCACUUGUUUCGAAUAUAUCACGUGUCGAUUGACUUAUAUAUCACAGGUGAGACUUUUAAAAAAUUAGUUCAAACUGAAGUAAAGUAAGCAAAGCUGAAUAGAAAACAGAUGCAUAUCUGUAACAUAUACAUACAGUAAUUGACAUCCACAACAUAGAUUGUGUACUAAAAGGGAAAAUUAACUCAUUUUUCAUGAUAAAGAGCUCGAAUAAUACAACGGCAAUGGAUUAGUUUUUUUAAAAUUAGGAAGGUUAUUUUCCAUCUUAAGUUUUUAUAUUGUGAUUUCAUUUUGACUGUAUUUUUGUUUCUCAGAUUAAGAUUUCUCUUACAACUCUUUUUAAAUAGCAUUGCAAAUGAAAAAAGACACUAUAAAUUCAAUAAAGUUUCACAUUCUAAUUUCACAUGCUCUCUCAUAUACUACUAAAAUUAUGGAUAGGAAUGAUUAAAGCCCUAAUUUUGUUGGUUAGUGAAAGAAAAAGUUAGUAUAAGCUUGUGAAACGAGGAAUUACGGCGGCACGUGUGUAAAAGAAUAAACAUGACUACCUUCUUCAUCAGCGCGUACCACGUAAUCAUCUUCUUAUCAACGCGCAUACAACCUAGGGAUGUCAAUUGGGCACAUUGUCCAUGGACGGUCCAUGUCCAAAUCGAUAUAGACUAAUAUGGUCACGCCUAAAUCUGUCCGAAGUAUUUUCUGUCCAAAUGGAUUAUGUCCAGAUACGUCCAAAGUCCAAUGGACAAAAGCAAAUGAACAUGGACCGCCUAAAUACGCCCAUAAUUUUAAAAAUAUCUAGGGUUAGUAUUUGGAGAAAAAAAUCUGAAAUCACAAAUUCACAAAUUCAUAAGUUUAAAACUUUAAUUAUCUUUUGUGAAACAUGAAAUCUAAGUAUCUUUUGUAAAAAAUGAAAUUUAAGUAAAUUUAAGAUGUUAUAUAUAUAUGACAUUGUACAUUUUUUAAGUUUGAAAAUUAGACAUUUUACAUUAAACGGACAUCUGGAUUCCAUGGACAGUCCACCUGGUUAUGGUCCUAUUUGGAUAUGGUCCUAUUUGGACAUGGUGCUAUUUGGGCUCGACCAAAAACGCCCAGAAAAAAAUAAGCCCAUCUAGACACGCCCAAAUCCACCCAAUCCGUCCAGUUGACAUCCCUAAUACAACCUGAGACCUUCUUCUUCUUCUUCUAUUCUUACACUCUACUUAACACACACCCACACAUAUAAAUACACUAACAAGCCGCCAUUCUUACUAUAACUUUCAACUCCAAAGUCCAAACAAUAGCUGAAUAAAAUAUACAAAGAAACCCUAAUAACCAAAUUAGUUAUAUACACAACACACUUAUCCAAACCUUUGCAUUUGGUUUAUAGAUAUGGAUGCAUCACCCAAGUACACAGGUGUAAGGAAGAGGAAGUGGGGCAAAUGGGUUGCUGAGAUUCGUCUCCCAAACAGCCGCGAGAGGAUCUGGCUAGGCUCUUUCGACACCGCUGAGAAGGCGGCGCGUGCUUUCGACGCGGCUCUUUAUUGUCUACGUGGCCCCGGUGCGCGUUUCAACUUCCCGGACAGUCCACCGGAGAUACCUGGCGGACGUUCUUUGACGCCGCAGCAGAUUCAGGUCGUAGCCAGCCGUUUCGCCUGCGAGGAAGUGUUACCACCGCAGCAGCAGCAACAACAACAGCCUCCGGCGUCACCACGUGGAGAUAAGACGGAGGAUGGGGGAGGAAUUUCGGCACGUGGGGAUAUUAGUGGUGGUAGUGGUGGGCCGACGUCAGGUCAAGUUGGGGAAGAUAACAACAACCACGAGGAUAAUAGUAAUGAUACGACAUCGUAUUGGCCGUUUCUGUGGGAGGAGAAUCAUGUGGUUCCUACUACGUCGGAAGAGUUUGGAACUUUUUUCAUGGACGAUGAUUCGACCAAUUUGUAUACGCAACAACAACAUCAGCUCUCAUCUGAUAUUUACGACGAUGGAGCUUAUGCUGUUGUAGAUGAUCUCUCUCAUUACAAUAUUAACCUUUGGAAUUUCUGAGAUCCUUUUUUUUUUAUCAGCGAUCUUGGGCCAAAAUAUUCCAUCAUUGCUGAAGGUGAAACAUUAAGCUACUAGCCUCUUAGUAUAGUAAGAGUGUAAGACUAAUAGCUAGGUAAUUCAUCUUAUUUAUCUUUCUAUUUUUUUUUUAUUUAAAAUUUACACCAA